AUGAAGCUGUCACUGUUGUUGGUGUUUGCUCUGCUGGCUCUGUCCUCAGCCAGUCCUCUGGACACUGGGAACACAGAGGACAGAAAUGUUUCUUUGCUGAACUUCGAUGUAGGGAGCAGUCCUGAAAUCACCACUAACAGAUUGAUCACAGCUCUACCUCUUCUCAGUGUUGCAAAGUUAAGGGAGAAGAGGCAGGUUCAGACUUCCUCCUUUGUGUCUGAUGGUGGCUCUAACCUGCAGUGGGUGACCUGGGACAACUCUCUCCCAAACUACACUGUUUCAAUUUACAAUGACUAUGUUGAUCGCAUUGACUAUAUCUGCAAACACAAAUGUGAGGCUGGGUUUUAUACCCCCAGUGAAGGUCCUUAUUGUCACUAUGCAAACAAAACAAAAACCUAUCGUGGUUCCCCUUUUGAGAUCCUGGUGAACAAAGACAACUUUGAGAUCCUGGAGUGGAAGGACGAUUCAUAUGGUUCAGUGCCUAAUGAUUCAGUCAGGACCUGCCCAGGGAUACACAUGUACGUUGGAAAGAACAAAUACGGACUUGGGAAGGUGUCUACUAAAGAGAAAGUCUUCUACCUGCCGUGGGAGGGUUCUGAAUAUUGGUACAAGUCCUAUCAGGUCCUGACUACUAAUGAGAAUAUAAUCAGCCAGAAGAUCUAUGAUGUUAAGUACAACACUGACAAGUCUAAAAUCUUCCAGUAUCCUCCAGAGGUCAUACGUGAAACAACCAUCAGCAACUAUGAAAGCAGACCAGUGGUGAGACAUUACUCCCUCUCAAACAUAUAUCAGGUACAGAAAAGGUGGGACGGUGGCUUUUCUGUCAAAGGUGGUGUUAAAACAACCAUCACUGGGGGUAUCCCCAAAAUCCUCUCAGGAGGUGUUGAGAUCUCUGUCGAGGUGACGGUUCAGUUCUCCUGGGGACACACAGUGGUAGAGACCAUCACUGAUACUGUCACUCUGGACCUCACUGCCCCACCAAACCACCACUGUGUGGUUAAAAUGUUGCAGUAUAAGUACAAAGCUGACGUCCCAUUCACAGCACACCUCAGCCGCACCUACAGUAACAGAGAGGUCCACACAACGCUCAUCACUGGGACAUAUGACAGCAUUCAGGUUGGAGAAGUCCGGGCCGUGGUGGACAGAUACUGUGCCCUGAGCCAGGAUCAGUUCAGCACCAACCUUCAGUGGCAGACCUGGUAUGGCUUUCUCCCCAGUGGAGCCAUUUCAAUUCACAAUGACUACACUAGUCGCUAUGACUAUGUGUGCAAAUAUGGGUGUGAGCCCGGCUUCUAUAACCCCAGCCUGGGGCCUCACUGUCGCUAUGUCUUAUCAGGAAAAGAGCAUCUUGGUUCUCUGUUUGAUAUCCUGUAUGGACAUAAGGCCUUCUUCCUUCCCUGGGAAGGUAAAGAGUAUUGA